UAUUUAGAAUAUAUUAGAAUCUACAGGUUUUUUAUGCCCUAUUGAGAUAGUUUUGUGCAUUGAUUAUAUUUAUUCUUUGAUUGUAUAUUUUGUCUUGUUCUGAGGGCUUUUUCCUGUAGUGAAAUAUAAAAGAACUCAAGGUUAUGUUUUUUAGUUGAAUUUUCCUGCUGUUUCAAUAAAUCCUGAGUUCAACCUUGAUUAUUCAUCAUGAAGAGAGCGGAUGAGAGUUACGACAAACCAACGCAAAAUACCACAAGGGGUGUGGAGAACCUAGGUCUGAGAUCAACCAUUGUAAUCAACGAAAUGAAGACGACCCCCAACUUUCUCUCAACUUUGGAAACUGCCCUGAAGGAGUACUGGUUCAUAGAACAGCAAUGACCCAGACAAUGAAAUGUAUUGGAAAUUGGGUUACCCCCUCCGGUGUGACUUACAUCAUUGGAACUGGAGAAAUCUGGGAGUUUUGGGAACCCGGGGAUUACAGAAAUGCUGAGCACCAAUAUGUAUGCAUGGCAUUAGAAACUGAUGGACUAAAGAUUUAUUUAUCACAGGGGUUUGGAGCAGGCUGUGAUGGAUUUGGAGGGGAACUCUCACCAAGGAACGGUCUAAGGAACCUUGUGCUAGAAAAAACUAUAAGGCUAGAAGAGAACUGUGAGUUUCCAGCCUGGGUUCAGAGUUCCCCCACCUGGCAGAUUAUUCCCCAGGGUGGUAUGCGGCUAAAUGAACAGGGUCCUCGGCUUGUAGAGAUUACUUCCAGUGGAUCAUUUAGACUUGGAGUUGGAGAUGGAACAGGACAAACAUUCAG